GCGUGCGUGCGUUGCGUGUUUGCGUGUGGUCACAGUUCCCGCCAUCAGCCACUCUCCCUGACUUGGGGGAGCGAGCUGUAUACCUCAGUUUGGGUUCGGCGUCCCUUCCUUCCUUAACCUCCAUUCUUCCCCCUCCGCGCGGACUCGGUGCGAGCCCCGGACUCACAGGCACAGGCACACUUAUAUUUCCUGUAGCUGAGUUGAUGGCUUCCGAAGAACUGGGAUAGCUGCAGAAUAUGAGUAGUUCCCCAAGAAGAUUGCAUUGCCUUUGGCACAAGCAUCAGAAUAAAGGUGAAUCGUUAUUACAUAGGGUUUUUCAGUAAAAGUCACUGAAAAAAUCUGUUGGGUGAAGUUAUAUUUUUGUUUUAUAAUUUUGCUAGAAGCAAUUUAUUUUUAAAGAAAGUAUGUCUCCUCUGAAGAUACAUGGUCCUAUCAGAAUUCGAAGUAUGCAAACUGGGAUUACAAAAUGGAAAGAAGGAUCCUUUGAAAUUGUGGAAAAGGAUAAUAAAGUCAGCCUAGUGGUUCACUACAAUACUGGAGGAAUUCCAAGGAUAUUUCAGCUAAGUCAUAACAUUAAAAAUGUGGUGCUUCGACCCAGUGGAGCAAAACAAAGCCGCCUAAUGUUAACGCUACAGGAUAACAGCUUCUUAUCUAUUGACAAAGUACCAAGUAAGGAUGCAGAGGAAAUGAGAUUGUUUCUAGAUGCAGUCCAUCAAAACAGACUCAAUGCAGCCAUGAAACCUUCUCAGGGGUCUGGUAGUUUUGGAGCUAUUCUGGGCAGUAGAACCUCACAGAAGGAAACCAACAGGCAGCUUUCUUACUCAGACAAUCAGGCCUCUUCAAAAAGAGGAAGUUUGGAAACUAAAGAUGAUACUCCAUUUCGAAAAGUUCUUGGUAAUCCAGGUAGAGGAUCGAUUAAGACUGCAGUAGGAAAUGGAAUAACUGUCACCCGAACGAUUCCGUCUUUGACAUCUACAUCAACACCUCUUAGAUCAGGUUUAUUAGAAAAUAGAACUGAAAAGAGGAAAAGAAUGCUGUCUGGCUCAGAGUUGAAUGAAGAUUACCCUAAGGAAAAUGAUUCAUCAUCGAACAACAAAGCUAUGACAGAUCCCUCAAGAAAGUAUUUAACCAGCAGUAGAGAGAAGCAGCUGAGUUUGAAACAGUCGGAAGAGAAUAGGACUUCAGGACUUUUACCUUUGCAGUCAUCAUCCUUUUAUGGUAGCAGAUCUGGAUCCAAGGACUACUCUUCUGGCAAUACUAAUCUAGACAGGACUAACAUCUCAAGCCAAACUCCCUCUGCCAAAAGAAGUUUGGGAUUUCUUCCUCAGCCAGCUCCUCUAUCUGUUAAAAAAUUGAGGUGUAAUCAAGAUUAUACUGGUUGGAAUAAACCAAGAGUGCCCCUUUCCUCUCACCAACAGCAACUGCAGGGCUUCUCCAACUUGGGAAAUACUUGCUAUAUGAAUGCUAUUUUACAGUCCCUAUUUUCACUCCAGUCAUUUGCAAAUGACCUGCUUAAGCAAGGUAUCCCAUGGAAGAAAAUUCCACACAAUGCACUUAUCAGACGCUUUGCACACUUGCUUGUAAAAAAAGAUACCUGUAAUUCAGAGACCAAAAAGGAUUUACUCAAGAAGGUUAAAAAUGCCAUUUCUGCUACAGCAGAGAGAUUCUCUGGUUAUAUGCAGAAUGAUGCUCAUGAAUUUCUAAGUCAGUGCUUAGACCAGCUAAAAGAGGAUAUGGAAAAAUUAAAUAAAACUUGGAAGACUGAACCUGUUCCUGGAGAAGAAAAUUCACCAGAUAUUUCAGCCACUAGAGUAUACACUUGCCCUGUUAUUACUAAUUUGGAGUUUGAGGUUCAACACUCCAUUAUCUGUAAAGCAUGUGGAGAGAUUAUUCCCAAAAGAGAACAGUUUAAUGACCUCUCCAUCGACCUUCCUCGAAGGAAAAAGCCACUCCCUCUGCGUUCAGUUCAAGAUUCUCUUGAUCUUUUCUUUAGGGCAGAAGAAAUUGAGUAUUCCUGUGAGAAGUGUAGUGGGAAGUGUGCUCUUGUCAGGCACAAAUUUAACAGGCUACCCAGGAUCCUCAUUCUUCAUUUGAAGCGAUAUAGCUUCAAUAUUACUCUCUCACUUAACAACAAGAUUGGGCAGCAAGUCAUCAUUCCAAGAUACCUGACCCUGUCAUCUCAUUGCACUGAAAGUACAAAACCACCCUUCACUCUCGGUUGGAGUGCGCAUAUGGCAAUUUCUAGACCAUUGAAAGCCUCUCAAAUGGUGAAUUCCUGCAUCACCAGCCCUUCUACACCUUCAAAGAAUUUCCCCUUCAAAUCCAAGAGCUCAUUGGCUUUGAGCCUUGAUUCAGACAGUGAGGAUGAACUAAAACGCUCUGUGGCCCUUAGCCAGAGAUUCUGUGAAAUAACAGGUUGUGAACAACAGCAGGAAGAUGUGGAAAAGGAUUCAAAAUCAUGCAGAAUAGAACCUGAUAAGUCUGAAUUAGAAAACUCAGGAUUUGAUGGAAUGAGCGAAGAAGAGCUUCUAGCAGCUGUUUUAGAGAUAAGUAAGAGAGAAGCUUCACCACCUCUGAGUCAUGAAGAUGAUGAUAAACCAACCAGCAGCCCAGAUACUGGAUUUGCAGAGGAUGAUAUUCAAGAAAUACCUGAAAAUCCAGACUCUAUGGAAAUUGAGAAACCUAAAACAGUCACAGAACCAGAUCCAGCCAGUUUUACUGAGAUAACUAAAGACUGUGAUGAGAAUAAAGAAAACAAAACCCCAGAAGGACCUCAAGGAGAGGUUGAUUGGCUUCAGCAGUAUGAUGUGGACCGCGAAAGGGAAGAGCAAGAGCUUCAGCAGGCCUUGGCUCAGAGCCUCCAGGAGCAAGAGGCUUGGGAACAGAAAGAAGAUGAUGACCUCAAAAGAGCCACAGAGUUAAGUCUUCAAGAGUUUAACAACUCUUUUCUGGAUUCAUUGGGUUCUGAUGAAGACUCUGGGAAUGAGGAUGUUUUAGAUAUGGAGUACACAGAAGCUGAAGCUGAGGAACUGAAGAGAAAUGCUGAGACAGGAUAUCUUCCUCAUUCCUAUCGGCUCAUCAGUGUUGUCAGUCACAUUGGUAGCACUUCUUCUUCAGGUCAUUACAUUAGUGAUGUGUAUGACAUUAAGAAGCAAGCAUGGUUUACUUAUAAUGACCUAGAGGUAUCUAAAAUCCAAGAGGCUUCCGUGCAGAGUGAUCGGGAUCGGAGUGGUUACAUCUUCUUUUACAUGCACAAGGAGGUUUUUGAUGAGCUGCUGGAAACAGAAAAGAACCCUCAGGCAUUCAGCAUGGAAGUGGGGAAGACCACUCGUCAGGCCUCGUGAAGAACAAACUGCUGGGUUGGCAGUGUGCACUGCAUAUUCUCCCUUACUGUCACCCACCUCACUUUCCUCCACCUGAGGAGAAGUUAGAACUCUGUUUGAUGCGGGAGCAACAAACAGCUCAGGGCCAAACCAAAAGAUGAAAAUUGCAGUUAUGUGGAAUGCUCCAUGCUAAUUGUUUUAUGGAAACUUUGGUCUCACCUCUAUAGCUGAUUAUCUUCUUUUUCUCCUACAAGAGUAGCACUUCCUUUUGUCUUGGAAAUACUUGUUGUAAAUAUAUAUAUGUACAUACAAACAUAUAUGUGGAAUGAAUGGAGCCUUAAAGAGUUAGGAUGAGCCACCAGAGUAUACCUGCUCAAAAUUAAUAGCACAGCAGUUUGGAGAAGAAAUUAAGUUGUCAAAGAAUCCAUUCACCUGAGAAAUGUGUACAGAUAUACAUAUCAGUUGACAUUUGGCUUUUAUGUUCCUUGAGUAGUUUCACUCAAGUCUGUAAUCUUUCAUGUGUGUUUCUUAUUAGUAAAGGUCACUGGAAAAUAAGCUCUCCAUGUUACACUAAUGACAGUUUGUCCUCCUUGCAAAGGAGGGGCAUUUCUGCCACCUGACUUGGGGGGCUAUUUUUUAAAAAUUCAUGGAUUCGUAAUGCUUUUGCUGUUUACAUGUAGUCCCAAGAAAUGGAUUGUUGUUGGUGCUUGGAAUGUGUUUUGGUCCCACAUUUGGUAUUUAUUAUACACUUUGUAUUUCCUUUAAAGAGAUUUCCUUCACACAGUAUAUUCAUUGUAUAUCAUCUAUAUUACAGUGGUGAAGAUAGAAUAAUUAUUUUAUGGAGCAGGCAUUAUCCUAACAGAGUUCAACCAGAACUUUAAAAGGUAGGGAAAUAAUAUUGUCCCAAUUGGGACUCCCCAGCAAGGAUACUUAGGGAUAAGGAGGAAUACUAGAAUCUCUGUCUCUCCAAGAGGUCAAGAGGAGUAUUCUUGUGUUAAAAGUUAAAAUUCUGGACCACUAAAGCUAAAAGCCCUACUAUAGUGUGAAAUAAGUGCAUGAGCUGUAGGAUAAAGCUUGAACAUUUAACCUUCCACUGUCUGGCUUUGCCCUUAAAACAGAAUGGGAAUUAAAAGUGUGAUUGGUUUAAUAAUCCCAAGAACUAAUAUAUAAAGGUGCAUAAUGUAUUUGUUCUACUUUUUAGGUGCUUCAAGUUGAGGUUAAAUGGGGGUACAGCAUUAAUUGCUGCAUUAGUCACUCAGCUGACAUAAUCAGCUUGGUUCAGCAGCUUGUGAAACUAUAUAAAGAAUGAGUUUGAAAGUAGAAUUCUGUCCAAAAAAUAAUUUUGUAAGCCCAGGGAUCAUUAGGAUCAUACAGAGUUAAGUAUAGCAAUAUGAAACCUUCAAUAUUGUUUCUUUUUGCUUUUUUAUUGUAAAGAAAUUACUCUUCUGAGGUAGGGAAAAAACUGUUAGCAGGUUUUCAAGUGUAAAGUUCAUUGUCACAGAAGAUGCAACACCUUUCCUGGAAAAUUGCCAUAAGAGAGUUCCAGCCCCACUCUUAAAACUUGGAUGUGUUCUGACAUAGUAACCUCUUCUAAAAUUUUGAAUUUUUGGAUUGUAAACAGCCCCAACACUCUUGCUUAACUACUGAUAAAAGCUUUGCUUCCUACCACUUACUUAGAUAUUACUCCAGUAAACGUUCCAAAUGGUAUGGUGGUACAAUACGCAAGAGUAGUAUAGAGCAGAGGGAAAUAUUUGUUUUAAAAACUUGCUUUUUAUGUUUUAUUUCUACUGGGGAGCUCCUUUUUUUUUUUUUUCUUGAAAAUAACUGGUUUUCUUAUACAAAUGAAGUGGUGAUCAAAUUCUCUAGCUAUUUAUUAUUCCUCUUUCCUGUGUCUGUAUUUGAGAGCCUUGAGAGGUAUUGUUAAAAAUGAUUGGGAAUGAUUUGAAGUGAGGGGUACAUUAGGGCAUUAAAAAAAAUUAGAAAUAAUGCGAUAAGCCUAGAUUGCCCAUGAAAUACCCUCGUUGACUUGCUUUUCAUAGCUUGGUUGUGGUGUAUGGUUUAGAAGUACUCUUGGCUCAGAAACCUAAUUUGAUUUGAUCUUCAUGUCUUGGGCAGGACUUACUUGUUGAAUGAAUACAGGUUACUGGGGUAGAUGAGUUAAAUUACUUUCUUGUUUUGAUUUAGUGAAGGAUUAAUGACUGUAGAUGGAGAUUUUAUCUGGACCAUGUUGAUGGGGUUUAUUGUUUUGUUUUUGAGCUGACUAUAUAUAUUUAAAAAUUAUAAGUAGAUUUUUUUUGUGCAGUCUGAUCAGUUUGCUCAGAGUCAGGGGGUUGGGAUGGCAUUUGGCAUAUUGUGCCAGGAAGGGACAACUGAAAUAGGGACAGAGUGCUUUAGUCCUAGGCAGCCUGCACAGUAAAUUUCCUAUUGAAAAUACCACAUGUGGUUACAUUUUUCUAAAUGGCAUUGAAUUGGAGCUUGGCAGCACUUAGUUCUGCACUCAACUGAUCUUAAUUGGAACUUUUUUGAAAGGGAAAAACAAAUUCAAACUUAAUUCUUAUUGGCUAUUAUAAUGGAGAAUUGGAAGGUUGUAUGUUGUCAAAUGCUCUCUCUUGUCACUUCAGUAGCCAUGGCUAUAAUUUAAGCCUGUGAGAAGAUAGACUCUGUUCUGUGGGCAAAAUAUGUGUGUGUGUACACGCGCUCAUAGGUUUUGUUUCAGCAAACUAGAAAAGAAGCAAAUCCAUGACUUGUUCUAUUUAUAUUUUUUUAUUCCAAACGCUAUUUGUUUACUUGCCAAUUUACUUUACUAAUUUAAUUGUUCAAUAGCAAGUAUAACAAAUGUAAAUGUGUUUACAUUUUAAGAAGUAACUAUCAGCUAACUCUGGGAGGCAAACAGACUACACAAUUCUUUCUUUGUCUAGUGUAAAAUUCUUCUGAAAGAAAAGCUUUAAGAAUUAAAACCUCAGCAAGUGAAUUCCUGGCUUUAUCCUUCCAUACUGCCGUUACCAUUAUGUAACUAUAUAAAUAUAGCUACAACUAUUGAUAUAGUUGUAUAAUGAAAGUUGUUUGAAAACAUCUAAAUUAAAGAAAUUCUUGGCAAUGUCUCAUAUAUAUAUAUAUUCUUGGCAAUGUCAGUGCUUUGAGUGUAGAGAGAACAUGUAGAGAGAGCAUAGGGGGGCGGGGUGGAAACAUACAGAAAGAAGGUAGUUUAUAAACUCAUUUGUGAUCUGAAAAGAGAUUAUGUUAAAACUAAUAAAAACAUUACCCUUCUUGCUCACUCUUCUCUGUCCUCUGAAAUGAAACAGUGGAUGCUCUUAGUCGUCCAGCCAUCUUUUGCCCUGUCUGAUUUAAUUGACGCUCUUAGGUAGUGUUAGAAGUCAGGGAAACAGCUAGAUCUCCAAGUACAUGUGGACCUUGUAUAUGUGUGGAGAUCUUCAGAAAAACCACCAACAACCCAGUACCAGUUGCAAGUCACAUAAAAAUGUACCCCAAAAACAGAUGUGUCCUUUUCCUCCUCCCAUCUUGCUUUACACUGAGUAAUGCUCUUUUUAAAUGUGUACGAAAACCGAUUUCUGACCGCUUAACGACUUUCUACUAUAUUACUUCAGAACCCUGAUUUUGUCUCUAUCGAUGGGUCUUACUAACCUCUAAAAAAAAUUUUUUUUUUAAUUGGGAAACUAUAGUUUGUUAGGCCUUGAGAGUUGUGUGACAGAAUUCUUUUGCUGUGUCUCACCACAAUCAUUGACUCCUAUGGCAUGCUUUGAUUACUAAGCUUCAGGCAGUCUCUUUGGUUGUAUCAUAUUUAUAAACAGUGAGUAAGUUUUCCUUUCCAUGUGUGCUAUGUGUCUGAGGUUUUGAUAUUUUAAUACAAAGUGUGCCAGUAUGAAUAUAAGCAAUUGAUUUUGGUAACAUUGGACUUUUCUUAAAGUACAGAGAUGAAGAAUAGGUGUGUACACUGACGUAAAAAUAGAGUGUAUUGAGGGUCUGGAUCAGAACCCAAGUUCAUUAGGCCAAAACAAUCGAAUGGGCUGGCCUACUUCAAGAACGGGAGGGGGAGCGAAGAAUGACUGCAUGUGGUUGUACACACCUCGGGUCCCCAGGUUUCCUUCCCUCUGACUGCUCUGGCCUGUUAAGUGUUUAUUUAUGCUAAGAAAAGGAAAACAACUAAGCUUCUACACUUUGCCUAGUUGAGCCACUACCAGGUUUGCUGGCAGCUUUGGCCACAUUAUCUGUGAGGUGAUUUUCUUUGUGUUCAGAGUGACUUCUGAUUCUAAAUCUUUAUGUUUUGUUUUGUAUGGAGCGGCACUUUAUCUGUGUUUUAGCAGAACUGUUCCUCUGUAUUCUUUACAGUUUUUCCUUGUUUUGGUUUCCUUUUUAAAUUAUGCAUAGAGGUUUUUUGUGUGUGUGAAAUUAAAGCCUUUAUUAACCCUG